UUUUCUAAGUAGUUAAUGCCCAUGCUACACACUUCUCUCCAUUCUAUUAUUUUCCUCUCCUGUUUCCUAUGCUACACAUUUCCCGCAGCUAGUGUCAAGGUACAUCGGGCAGCCAAUCACAACCCGGAGCGGCGAGAGGCUGGCCAAUCACGAAGGCCUGCUGACGCCGCUGCGAGUGAGGCACCUUGUUGGCGAACACAGCCGAGCGGCGAGGCACGGAGGGAAGACAUGAGGAUCAAACUAGAUCUUAGUGACUUUUUAGAGGACGAAAGGAAGUUCUCUGUACUCAAAGUGAAGCCAAAGGAGACAAAAACCGUGCGGGAUGUAAUCAGCAAGAUCAGCCAGCUGUUCAGUGUGUACGGGGAGGAGUGUGGCCAGGAUGAUGACCAGACCAGGGCACGUUUGGGACUCUUUGAUGAGGAGUUCUACAUCCACCCUGAUGAGACGGCUACUGUCCUGGAGGAUUGUGGUGUUUUGAAAUUGAAAGCACUACCGAAGCCUGGAACUAAAGGAAAAAAGAAGAAAAAGUCUAAAAAGGAACCAAUAUCAGUUGUUAUAGCUGAAGAAGAUGAAAGAAAAAAUCUACAAAGAGAUGUGGAGGAAGAAAAUAAAGCUCUGGAAGUGCAGGAAAUGAAGGAUGAUUGGAAGAGCAGCCAGGCAACAUCCAAACAUGGUACCAGAGCCGAAUGGUUUGAAGGAGUGGAACGUAAGAAGACUAGCAAAAAGCGCAAAAGGUGUCAAUUUGCAGAGGAGGUGGAGGAGCUGCAUGGGAAAAAAAGAAGUAAAAUUGAGGAUAGGGAACCUAAUCUAGAUGAAUCUAGAGGAGAGCAGCACCUGAAGGAGUGGCAGGAAGUAGAAUCUGGAGAGAAAAAAAAGAGAAAGAAGCAGAGGAUCAGCAAAGAAAUAUCCAUAUCAGACACAUCACAGGAGGAACAGAGAGGAAAGAAGAAAAAGGAGCACCUACAGCAGCCUUCCAAAGAUGGAUAUGACAUGGCCAGUAGCCAUAAGAAAAGUGAGCAGCAUCCAUCCAAAAUGGAACAGCCUCACCUUAAAGAAUGGAAAAAACAGCGGCUCAAAGAUGACAAGGGUGGUGGUAGCAGCUCUUCUUCCUCUCAGGACAAGGUUGUUUCCACUAGCAGUUUCUUCACAAGUCUGGAGGGUGUAAGCCAGCAUCAACAUCACCACUCCUCCAAUGAUUCUGAUUUGGACUUGGAUUUAGAAAUUAGGAAACCAUGUGUUGCAGAUUCUGUGACAGAUCCUUCUCCCCCAAAGGGAGAAGGAGAAGAAUGGCUUCCUAAAAGGAAGAGGAAGAGAAAGCACAAGUCAAAGGGGCGGUCAUGGAAGUCAGAUGCCGGCACAUCACAACAUGGAAAUGAAAAAGAUGCACAAAAUGUUUGGCAAAAUGAACCAAGACACCCAGUGCUCCCAGGAAAAGUGAUGCCCAUGACUUUUCCAAAGACACAUAUUAUAUUUAAUGAUGACGAUGAUGAUGAAGAAGGUAGUACAAUUCAAAUAGGGUCUGAUCAGCCCUUGAAUGUAAGCUCAGGACAACAUAAUCAACCUGAUGCAGUCUUCACACCUGCUGCCAUUACUGGUAAGGUGAGGGACAUUUCAAGAGAAAGGAGACCCCCAGUAGCUGCAACAUCUCCAACCUCCUGUGGGAACAGGAGAGUUCAGGGUUCACUAUUACAGAACACAGAGGUUGAGCGAUGUAGCACUUUGUACUCAAAGGAACACUCACAGUACGCAGAGAAGGGCAGGGCAUUGGUGCACAGAAGACUUGUCCACAACAAUGUGGAGGAGUUGGCAACACUUCGCAAAAUAUGUGAAAAUAAUACAAUUACCAUCUGCAAGAUUGACUCCCGGAGGGAUCAACCCACCAAACCUAUAAAGGAACACAGACCUUCCUUCUCCCCUCCUCGUUGUCGAGCACCACCUUCUCCCCCUCACUCACCAUUACAAAUAGUACAUGACAGUAGGCAUAGUGGAUCUCUUCAGGCCCUAGCUGCUAUGAAGAACAGAAGUGUUCCAGAGGUGUUUUCUGGAGUGAGAGCAAUGGGUGUUAGACCUAUCCAAAGGAGAAGUGGUACCAGUGCUCCUGUCAGGCCACCCAUGGCUAAUGGCAGCCCAGGACCAGCCAGCCAAAACACCACAGUUCUGCCUGCAGAUGACCCUCUAGAGAUCUUGUCGAGCAACUUGAGUGAAAUUCAGCAGCAGUACAAUCAAGGCCGUGAGCAGACACAGACAGAACGGAGACCAGCAGCUUUGAACUCUUUAGGUGCCAUCUUGUCAGCCAUGAAAACAAAACCACAAAGUAACACCGUGGAUACAUCACUAAUUAAUUUUGACAAGGAGAAGCCCAAAAGUUCUAUAUCUGAAAACAAAGGGGAUGCUGCUGGAAUGGGUACCUCAGACCUUAUUGUGUUAGAUUGUAUUGGAGGGACAGGCAGCAAAAUGGCACCUCCUCCAAGCAAAAAGGAAGGAUUACCAGAUGUUUAUUAUGUGUCUGCAUCCAGUCCAUCCAAAUCCACACCCCAGGCCAGUCCAUCCAGGCCAGUACCUCAGACAACCCCAUCCAGGCAGGUACCUCAGACCAGCCAAUCUAAACCAAUGCUCCAGACCAGCCCAUCUAGGCUAAUGUCCCAAAUUAGUGCAAUUAAGCCAUCAUCCCAAACCAGUCCUUCCAUGCCAGUAUCCCAAACCAGUUCACCUAUAUCAGUGCCCCAAACCAGCUUAUCUACACCACUUUCCCAAACUAUCCCAUCGAGGGUAUUGUCCCAGGUCAGUCCAUCUAAAUCCACACCUGAGGGUAGUCUUUCCAGGCCAAUGGCACAUACCAACCCAUUCAUGCCUGUUCCCCAGACCAGCCCUUCUAAAUCAUUACUACAGGAGAAUUUAUCUCGGCCACUCUCCCAAUCUAUGCUUUCCAGAACGCUACAGCAGACAUCCCCUUCCAAAUCACUGGAACAAGCCAGACCCCCACCUAUGGCCACAGUACCUUCAGCACCAAAGUGGCCUGUUGAUGAAGUUGUUGAUCUAGAGAGUGAUGAUCAGUCUGAUGAAGUCACCUGUGAUAAAAGUGAUGGCAAGGCUGACAAUGUUAAUUUAGUUGCAUCACCAACAGUUACAGCAGCAGAGAGUGGGAAGUUGGCAGACACAGUUGAAAAUAGUAAGGUGAAGGAUAUUCAAAAUACCACCGAGUUCUAUAGCAACAGAAUAGACAAGAACACUGAUGCCAGGGACCUACAUACUCCAAGCAAGCCAGCUUCAAUUUCUGGUAGACCAGUAGAGGGUGGAAUGAGCACUGGUCAAUACAUUGCAGAAAUUCUUGAGGAUUGUGAAAUGAUGGAAGUUUCAGGCAAUGGUACAGAAAAGACUAGUGCAGCAGACACACAAAGGGAGAUAGCUGCUCCUGUGCAUCAUGCUGAGAUUGUGGAGGAGGAGGAGGUGGUGUCAGAUGAAGAUGAGGUGAUGUUGGAAGAGGGUGAUUGUGUGGAUGAACAGGAGGGAGAAGUUGAGGAGGAAGAAGAUGAAGAAGUUGAAGAGGAAGAAGAGGAGGAGGAAGAGGAGGAGGAGGAAGUAGAAGAGGAUGAAGUGGAAGAAGUGAUUGAAGAAGUGCAAGAUGAAGAAGAGGAAACAGAUAUAUAUGCUAACAUCGAUGAUGAUGAAGAUGAAAUGGAGGAGGACGAAGAGGAAGACUAUGAUUAUGAGAUAAUUCAGGAAAGUGGUCCCCCUGUCUUCAUGGCAGCUAGAAAGCAGGAGGCUCAAUCCUUGGUGUCAGGUGGUGCUAGAGGAAGUGCUGGGGGAUCUAGUCAUAGUAACACUUCUUUCAAAAUCCAAGACAGCCCCUCUUACCUCAGUGACUCAUCUCCAAAGGAAAGCAUGGGGUCCUCUCCCAUCCCUUCCAAAACACUUGAAAAUGAAGAGCAAGGCCAGAUUGCCUCUCUUGUAGCAGAACCUCAAGUCACUUCCAUCCUCACAAAACCUAGUGAGGCUACACCUUCUGUGACAAAACCUCUGGAGAUUAUACCUGUCAUGACAAAGUCUGUUGAAGCCACAGAUGUUUUGAUGUUAUCUCCAGAAACCAGUCCUGUCAUAACAAAGACUUCAGAAUCUGCUCCAGUUAUCUCCAUAUCUCCAGAGAUUAUACCUGUUGUGACAAAACCGCAGGAAAUCUCUGUUGUAACAGAACCUGAGGUAAUUGCAUCUGUUGCACCAGAACCUCAGAAAGUGAUGUCUGAUGUAACAGAAAUUGAGGAUGACAGAGCAAUUUUGAUUGAACCUCAGCAAAAUAGAUCUUCAGCAGAUCCACAAGAAAUCAGUCCUGUUUCAACAGCACCUAUUAUGACAAAGCCUCAGACAGUCAUACCUCUUGUGGAACCUAGUGAAGUUACACCCAUCUUGAUGGAAUCUGAAGAGGUCAUGCCUGUUAUCAAGGAACCCGAGGUCAUGACGGGCAGUAUGGAAUCUGAGGUCACACCUGUUACUACAAAAUCCAAGGAAGUUGCACCUCCCGAGGAAGUCUCACCGGUCAUAACAGAAUCACCAGAGGUCACAGCUGUCUUGAGGAAGUGUGAGGAAGCUAAACCUGUGUCUAGAUCCCAAGAAACAGUCAGAACAGAUGGAUCUGGAAAUUCUCUUGAGGAUAGUGGAGAAGCACAGAAUCAAAAUGUAUCAAAAGAUAGCCAGUCUACAACCAUCACAGCUGUUACUGCCACCACUUCUACCAGUGUUGCCAACAGUGGGGAACUAAAAACAGAGGAGCUGUCUGGAGAUGUUAAGUCAUCCAAGGACAACUUAAUUCAAUCCGGCAACAUUUCCUACCAUGAGUUUCCAGCAAUGACAGCUCCACCUAAGGCAGGGGACUUCAUAGCACUCAAGACAGUGGUGAUGGAAGAGUGCUAUAGCCUUACCCUUACAGACUACCAGGUAGCCAAGGUUCUGGCUGUGGAUGGGGUCUGUGUAAAGCUGAGAUUUGUUGAUGCUACCACUCUUCAAAUACUGAAGGCAGAGGAGCUGAGUGGAGAUGACUCUGAAGUGGACACCCAGGUCAAAGAGAUGGACUGGAGGGACAUUGUAGAGCCAAGAGUUCUCUUCUCAUCAGGAUAGAAGCUUCUUGCUUUGAUCACUUGUUGUUCUGACAAUAUUUAGAUACACCAUGAUUGUUAUUUCUAGUUCUGCAUUUUUAACAAUUUUAAAGAUUGUGACAUCUAAUCAAUUUACCCAACAUGAAAGACAAUACAAAAAAAAACAGAUAAUAGGAAAUCUAGAGGAUUUGGUGGGUGCAGUUUCAGGAAUAUAAUUGUAUUCCUUCUUUGGCAAAGUUUGUGAUAUGUUUUUUUUUUUAUUUAUGAUGGCUAGUAUUUAUUGCAAAGUUUGUGAUAACGUUUUUUUUUUAUUUAUGAUGGCUAGUAUUUAUGGGUGAAAAUUUCUUUUAAACCACAAAUUAUGUUUCUUUAUGCUGUAACUUAAUUUGAUUUAAGAAACUUCUUUAAAGACUUUCCUGUCCUUGCACACACCUAAUAUGUUCAUAGAAAAUUAUUGGGUCACCUGAAAUUCUAUACUCUGAAAUCUACUGCCUAUCUGUUUAUACAGGUUUUUUUUUUUUUUUGAGAAUCUCCUACUGAUAGAUGAAUGAAUCCUAGUAAAUUAAUACUUAGGUAUCUGGUCAAGAACAUGAAUUUAUAUAAAUGCAGUUCUAAAUUUGUAUUAGAGGACCAAUGUAAUAAAUAAAUGCAGUUCUAAAUUUGUAUUAGAGGACCAAUGUAAUGUUUGAUAAAUUACAUCAAGUAUAUUAUAUUUCUUACAAAUAUUUCUGAA